GGGGCGGGGCAGGACAGGGGGAGGGGGCGUUCGCGCUGCUGUCUGGCGGGGGACGUGUCCCGCUGCCCCCUCGCUCGCCCCGCAGGCCUGGGCCGUUCGCCGAAGGGGCGGCGCGGCGCUGCCUCCGAGUCGUCCUCUUGCUCUUCCUCGUUCAGCGAGCGAGGAGCCGUCGGCGCUUGCUUGUACGGGGCUCGCCCGGCGGUGAUUGGCCUCGUAGGCCCUCCCACGCGUCCUCUCCAUCCGGGGGGUUCCCCGUGCAAGCCCGGGCGGCCGCUGCGCGCGGCCUCACCCGCUGUUAGCGGCGAGCGAAGCGAGUUUCGGGCUCUGUGUUUCACAACGCGUAGCGCUCCCCCCCCCCUUAUCCCGUCUCUGUAAGGUUUUGUUCAGGGGAACGCUCGUGUGGUGCGGUGGUGUGGGAGAGGAGCGCUGCGGAGCGCCGUGCCAGGCCCUGAUAGGGCCUAUCUGUCGUACCCAGCUCCUCCCACUGCGCUGCGGGAGCGGCUUUGUUUCCUAUGAUCUUGGCAACAUUUAUAAAAAUAACUGUUGUUUGGGUUUUUUUUUUUUUUUUACUUUUUACCAGAACUGUAUCCACUCUUUUCCUUAAAAAGUGAGAUGGUUAAGAAAAGAAACAACAGCCUGCUGGUUACCUGCGUGAAGGGCAAAGCAGAGACAAAUGUCGCAGCGAUAUCUUGAAGAUACUAAGAAUUGUUUGUGUCAGUGGGCAGUUUAAGUAAUUCCAAAGUUUGUUUUGUUGCGUUCAGUGCUACCUGAGCUGGUCUGUCUGCCUGAGAUCGCCUGGUGAUGUCCCUGCAGCUGCACUUGCUUGGUUCAGAGAGGCCUGAGGUCUUGUCAGGAGUUAGCACCAAUAGUGAGGAGCAUGUGCUUACGAAUUGUGUACUUGGCCGUUGUGACAUCAAAUUGCCUUUGUCUUCCCCCUGCAAACUGUGGGCAGGGUAGGCUUUCCUUUGUGGCCGUAUGGAUGAGGAAUGCUCAGCCCAUAAGGGCACUCAUGCUUCACGCUUCUGGAGGAGUCAGGGACGUGCUGAUUGUUUCAUUUUAAUUACAUAGCACAAUUCUUGAGAUAAACAAGGGAGGAUGUUUCUCUGCUGUAAUGACACAGUUUUAGCAUUAUACUGAUGUGAGAAUUGCAGUCAAGUACAAACAGAAUCCCGACCUUAACAAAAGUAAUUAAACAUCUGUGAAACUAAGAAUCUAGCUGUGGCCUAAUCUGAAAUCUACUUUUGUUCUGAUAUGGAGGUAUAGAUAUCUGUAUAUAUUUACAACUGACACCCCUUCACCAGUCCAGUCAUACAGCUGUCAAUAUUUACAAUGGCUCCCUUCACUUAUGUACCUUAGCAAUGUAUAGAUGUAUCUUAGCUGUUUGAAGGGUAGUUACUUAUUAUCAGUUAUAAGACAGGAUAGUAGAAACAUUUAUCAAAUCUUGUGUUGUUUUGUUCCUGCAAAACAGGGAGGAAGCUUAAUAUGUCCAUUGUUUUCCCCUAGAAGGAUGUUUUGAUGGUCUGUAAUUCUGACUGGCUUAUCACAGAGGUUCAAAAAGAGCUGACGUUUCAAAGAGAUUAUCUGCUUAUUUGUUUUUCUUCCUAGCUCGAUCAAAAAUGCUUCAUCUGUUUGACAACAUAUGGCAUAUAAAUCUAGAAAUACAGAGAAAACAAUCGCUGUGUUGCUUUUAGGAUUUCUAAGUGAUGAAACCAACAGCAGCACAUGACUGCCACGUGGCUCCUGUGUGCAUUAUGAACAGAUUUUUUAUAAUGAAGGAAGUGAACUUGAUUUCUAAGGAGAGUUACUAAAAUGUGGUCUUCCAUAAAAAUCUGUAAAGGUUUCUGCUCUUUUUUGCUCUACACUAAAAUUGUAGCAGAAUUGCUAUUCUAUGAAUUUAUGUAAGCCAUAACAACUCUUUUUGGUGGUAAUCCUGAAGUAUUCUUUCUGGCUACAAUAAUCUAUACCCAUGAAAAGGGGGUGUGUGCAUAAAUAUAUUUCUCUGUAUGUAUAGAUACACCCAUGAGUAGGCAAUAUCUAAUUAAAAAGUAUUAGGUUGUUCCAUUCGGGGAGCUGAUUUAUAUUGCACUAUGAAAAGUGAUGUGACCUUUGUCUCCAGAGGAGGAAAUAGUGAAUCUUAUUAAUAUAUGCAUUACCUGUAAAUCCUUUUCACCAUAGAUCAGGCCUUGGUUUUGAGGCACAAGAGCAUAGUGUCUAUUCCCACAGUGGCUGCUUAUGAAGGCUAAUGUACAGACAGAACGAUCGGGAAGGAAUGAGUUCAGUGGUAGACACAGCAUUUUAUGCAGUCACUUUAUUUAAUGUUUCAAAGCUUGUUGUAACUGACAGCCGUGGCUGACCUUUUCCUUGCAUACAUAAAAGCAGGAUGGUUCACUGCGUAUAAAAUGUUUGCGCUUCUUCUUGCAUUUAUUUGUUCUUUUGUUUAUUCUGCCUUCCUUGGUCCCCUUCAAAGUUUGAGGCCAAUAACAAGUGCAGUUUGCUGAUGCUUCCUUUGUAGGACUCCUUUUGCCUUAAAAUCACAGUUUGUUUUGUUGUUUGCUUGUACUGAGUUUGUAUCUUCAUGGGUGAAUGGUGUGGGUCUGUUGGGCUUUAUCUGCAGUCUGAAACAGUUCACGCUCAGAAUCUGAUGUUCACCCUUUUCAUCCUUUACGUGUUUCAAGUGGUGUGGUGUAGUUUGGGUUUUUUGUUUUUAAUUUGAUCUAGCUUCAGUCUGGAUCUGUGGGCUGAAUGCUCAGUGUUUUUGUUUUUUUUUUCCUCCUGGAGUGCUUCUCCUCCUCCUCCUGCUUUAGUUUCAUCUGAAAAGAGAAGAAAACAGUUUGUGGCCACUCCGGAGAACUGCAGCGAAAGGGUUAUGUAGUGCUGAGGUUCCUCCGGUACAAAGCAUUUCUGGAAGGCACGAGGAUGACAGGCCUUCUGAAGAGUGGGAUGUGCCAUGCGGGUAGAUCACAGCUGCACUUACCCUCAGUGGAAAUGAGAUGCAUUUCUCUUGUCUGUUUUUGCUUUGAGAAUGCAAGUGCUGCACUGAGCAGAAAAGCAAUUUUAACAAGAAAUCCAGAGAUUACAGCAUCGUAAAUUUAAUUUGAUCAAUUGUUUGAUGCCACUUGUCAAGUGUGAACUGCACAGAGGAAUCUGCUGCUUUUGCUGACGUUUAAGGAGAGGAGGUAGCUGGGCUGUAGGUUGGCUUUCCUUCUGCUCAGCCCUCUGCAGGUUGCAUAGUUCUUUUUGCUGUUGCUGGAUCACACAGUUCAGAGGUGAUUUCCCUAACUUCUCCAUGUGUUUGCUUACUUUGGUGCAAUCUGAUCAAUUUAUUAGUGAUUCUCUGAAUACUUAAUGAAAACCCGAUAGGCAUCACGUGGAAUGUUAAACUUUGCAUCUUGAGCUGCUGUCCUGAUGAUGGAGGUAUCCACUCUGCCAUCGCCUCCUUCCUCUCUUGCAUCAUUUCCAAAGCGUGUAUGGUGUUGGAUUUGGACAAGAGUAGAAAUCAGAGUAAACUUCACAUUUCUUUGAGUAAGAAGCAAUAAUGCAACGAAGACAGGGAAGAGUCAAUGCCGGACUGCUUUUGCUGCUUUAUCAGAUUUCCCAGGUUGGACUUCAGAACAUUCCUUCCGUUACCCUUGCAGUGCUUGUAGUGAAUAUUUUUUUCUUUCUGAAUCCCGUGAGGCCACUGCACGAGGCGUGUGUCAGCGUUGAGGAAGCUUUCUACAGACAGAACUGGCAGCGUUUACUGCUUUCACCUGUCCACCAUGUCAAUGACUGGCAUUUAUAUUAUAACAUGAUUUCCAUGCUUUGGAAGGGGAUAAUGUUGGAAAGGAAACUUGGGAGUAUGUGGUUUGCAUAUAUAAUUGCAGUAUUUUCAGUGCUGACUGGAAUUGUCUAUAUGCUGCUGGAAUUCAUGCUUGUGAAGAUUCUGAAUGAUCCUUCAUAUGGAAUGAGUUGUGCCGUAGGCUUCUCAGGUGUCUUGUUUGCUUUGAAAGUUCUUAACAACCAUUACAAUCCAGGAAGAGUCAGCAGUGUCCUUGGAUUGCAGAUAUCCAGCAAGUAUGCUUGCUGGGUGGAGCUGGUGGCAAUUCAUUUCAUUUCCCCAGGGACUUCUUUUGCUGGACAUCUAGCGGGAAUUCUUGUUGGACUGAUGUACACAAUGGGUCCUCUGAAAAAGAUCAUGAAAGCCUGUGCAGGUGGUUUUUCUUCAUUCACUGACCCUGACAGGCCGAGGAACUACUACUCAGGCUACUCAGAAUAUUACAGAUAUCCAGAUGAUCAAUACAGAACACCAAGGAACUAUUACGACUACACAGGUGGGCUCACUGAAGAAGAGCAGCUUGAAAGGGCAGUGCUGAACAGUCUGAAUGAAAGAGAUUUUGGUGGAGCAACGUACAAUAACGAGCGGCGACCUUAUGGUUUUUGGUUUCCCCCUGAGCAGCAUUCAGAAGAGGAAAUGCGAAGGCAGAGGCUUCGUAGGUUUUGGAGACAAUGA